AUGUCGGAGCGAAGGAGCUUGUUUUCGUGCAAGAAUGGAACAACAUCUUCCGAUGAUAUGAGAAGAGCUCUGAAGAAGUACUACCUAUCGAGUGCAAAAGUUCGCUAUUCUAUCGGACCUAAGCCUAAACAAUUGAUAAGAAAGUGCACAUUUGAUAACAAGCUGUGUUCUGAGAACGAUAUUAUACUAUUUCAAAAUUUCCGCUAUGGCAAUUGCAUUACUUUUAAUAAACGUAGAAAGGAUGCUCAUCUUCUAACAACAGCAAAAACUGGUCCUGGAACUGGUCUAGUAUUGGAUUUAUCUGUAAAUAUCGGGGAUUAUUGGCGAUAUACGGAAUCCAUUGGAGUAAGGGUAGUAAUCCAUGAUCCGGAUGCCACACCCAGUUCUGAAGAUGAAGGAUUCAACGUAAGUCCUGGCUAUGAAAUUUCGAUAUCCCUAAAACAGACAGUAAAUCACAGACUUCCAGCUCCUUUCAAAGACAAAUGUUUUAAUUAUAAAGUUGGUGAAAAAUCUUCGGCGAGUAAUAAAAAUGAAUGCAUCCGAGCUUGCAUACAAGCACAAAACUAUGCCCAAUGUGGCUGUAUUGACCAAACUUUAACAGUUACGAACGAUCUGUCACCUUGCAACCUGCUGAAUAAUACUGAGAUGUGUUGUUUGAAUGAAGUUCUUGACAAUAUGGCCAACAUUGGACCGAUUUGUGAUUGUUUUCUACCAUGUAAAUCGGUCCAAUACAAUGAAGUUCUUUUGGAGAAAAUUGUGUACGAGCAAAAGCCAAUGUUUGAAGGAAGUGAGAUCUUUGGCUAUUUAGGUGGAGAAUUAGGAUUAUGGUUGGGUUUAUCUGUAAUUGCUGUUUUCGAGCUUUUGGGAAGGAUGGCUUCAUUUGGAAAACAUAUGCUUCAAAGAGAAUUUUUGAAGAAGAUUUAA